AUGUCUUUACAAUGUGAGCAAAAACAAUGCAAAGUUAUUCCAAGUUUUAUAUGUGCAUGUUCAUUGAAAGGGCAUUUAUUUUGUAAGGUGCAUAUUAUUGAGCAUAUAGAAAGCAUACCAGGCCUUCUACAUAAAGGGGUGUCAUUAAUCUUUGAUAAUUCUGCUCAAAAUAUUUACAAAUUUGAGGACAUCCGACCUAGAAAAGGCAGCAUUUAUAUAAAGACAGAUGAUAAUAUCGAUCGAUCUUUAAAUUCUGCCAUGAGCUAUGCUGGAAUAAUUAUUCAAUCUCUGAAUGUUUACAAUCGAAAAUUCCCUUUAGGCGAUUCAGCAACUCUAGAGUCACAGAAUUUAUUGCUAAGUACUCAAUUCCUAUCCCCAUCUCCCAUAACUACUUUCCAAGACCUUUUCUAUAAAAUUUCUAUAGUUCUCGCUACUCAUAUUCUUCGAAUAGGAGAUAUUUCUUCCCUCAAAGCAAGCUAUAUCAAUAAAAUCAAUUUUAUAAACCAGAAAGAAAUUUUAAAAUGCUUUAAAGUCUUACUCCCCUUCUUGAAAUAGCAAAUAUUUUUCCCACUUAACGGGGGUUUAAUUUUAUUUAUAAUACACUUCUACAAAUAUAUUCGCUUUUAAACAUUUAAAUGUGAACAGUUCAUUAUAUUUUAAAAUUUAUUUUUAGUAAUGCUAUGUAAUAAUAACCAUUUUUUAUUAAAAUCAUUUUUAUAUAUACAAACUUUUUGCUCACUUUGGAAGAGUUUGUUAAUUUCUCAAAAAACAAGAUUUUCUCAAAUUUUAUCUUGCUAGAGGGAGAUAGCAACUGAAGAAUUGCAAGACAAACUACUUAACAUUACUUUACAGUCAAGAGAGCAUAAAAGCCUAAAACAUGCUUCCAGUAACGCAAUAACAAUCUUGAAUUAUUCCAAAUAUAAAUUCAUCGAUAAAGAUUUGCAUGGCAUCAAAAUUAAAGGCGCAGAUCUCUCAGAAGCACUCAUAAUAAAUUCUAAUUUUCAGGGAAGCAAUCUUAAAAGGGUGGAUUUUUCUUUCGCAAAUAUUUAUGAUACAAAUUUCAAGGACUGUGAUUUAACAGAUGUAUGUUUCGGGUUGCAUCAUCCAUUUAAAAAUAGAUAAUUAUUAAUGCAAGCAUACCUACUAAUAACUGCUAUUAUAUUUUUUAUAUAAAUAGAAUAGCGACUAAUUGAAAGAAUGCUAAUAUUCAUUUAAAUAGAUUUAAUAAGUGACUCGAAUAUCACUUUUGCCUGAAAUAAGGACUACUUGGCUUAUAUUGAUAAUAAUGUUGCACUUUUGCAAGAUAUUAAGACUGGGUGUGUUUUUAAAGAAUUCAAACAUAAAGAAGUGAUAAUAGUAAUCGCUUUAUCAGUGGACGGAUCGCUGCUUGCAACUGCUGAUAACUGUAAUAUACUUCACAUAUGGGACAUUAUGAAUGACAAUAAAUUAACAGAGCUACAAGGACCAAAACAUGGUGUGAAUUCUAUUGCAUUUUCUCCGAAAGGAGGUUUUGUCGCUGCUGGAAGUCGUGAUGGCUUCUUAAGAAUAUGAAAUAUUGCUACAAGUUCAAUGAUAAGCCCAUUCGGCUAUUAUUCUAUUAUAUUUUCAGUUGAAUAUUCUGCUUGUGGCAAAUAUAUUGUUUUUAGCACUGGUAUGCUUUCCGUGCUAGUUUUAUAUGCUGAAGAUAUAAAAAUAACUAAAUGCAGAUUCAAUCAUCCACGAUAUGCAACAGUUGCCUCAUUUUCUCCAUGUACUAGAUAUGUAAUAACUGAUUGUGAUGAUUUAAAAAUCAGAAUAUGAGAUAUAGAAACAGGAGACCUUAUAAAAUCAAUUAAAGCGAGAUUUUCCUGAUUUAAUAGCCUUUUUAGCAUCGCAUUUAAAUAUUUAGGUGUAGAAACACGAACCAUACCUCUUUUGAAAUCUUUAGCAAAAAAUGGGCAAAUAGAAAUAAAUUGGUUCAAUGAGGCAUUAUUCAAUAAGCAAUAUUUAUCAUUUUCUCCUGAUGGAAAUUAUGUAGCUACAAAGAAAAGAAAAAAUUAUAUAGAGAUUUGAGAUGCAAAAGCUUUAGAAAGUCAUUCUUUUCCUUAUAAAGAAAUUACCUCUAUAUCUUUUUCCUAUGAUGGGAAAUAUAUGGCAUAUACAGAUGAUUCAAAAUCAAUAAAAAUCCAAAAUAUCGAAAAAAAUAAAAAUAUUUUUAGGCUUAAAGGCCACCAAGCUAUAGUUUGGUAUGUGAUUUUUUCUAAAAUAUCGUAUUUUUUGGUUUCUUUAUAUGUGGAUAACAUCGUGAUUAUCUGAGACGCUUUAAAUCAAUAUCCUUUAAGCGAGAUUGAAAUUAAAGACCAAGUGACAGCUCUUGAUCUAUCUCCUGAAAACAAUUUUAUUGGGGUUGGGCUAUUAAAUGGAAAUAUUAAGGUAAUAAAUACAAACAAUCUAUCAGAUAGUUUUUCUUUAAUGCACAAAGGAGGGAUUACUUGUAUAAAAUUUUCACCAUGUGAAAAUUUUAUUGCAGUUGCCAGUUACGAUAGGAAAUUUAAUUUGUGGAGAAUUAAUAAAAAAAACUUUGUGAGUUUUGGUAGAAAACGCAUGAAGGGGGUUUCUUACAUAUGUUUUGCUAAAUUAAGAAAUUAUUUGGUUUCAGCUCAUAUAAAUGGCGAUAUCAUUUUUUGAGAUAUUAAUACUCAACAGCAAGUUAUGAAAUUAGAAACAAAAGGAGGGAUUAUAAGAUCAAUAGCAUUAUCUCCAUGUGAAAAUUACUUGGUUGCUGGGUAUUUUGAUGGCUUUGUAAGAGUGCUGAGUACUUUGCAAGGAAAUAUAAUCAAAUCGCUCCAAUAUCAUCGUAAAUCUGUUUGUUCAGUUGAAUUUGUAAAUAGCAAAAAGCUACUAUUUGCUUCUGCGAGUAUUGAUGCUACAAUUAACUUUUGGAGAAUCUAG